CUAUAGGUUGAAUAGUUGGAAUAAUCAAUAACCAAUAAAUUAAGGUACGGAGACAGAAGAUUUUAUUCAAAUAUUUAUUAGCAAAAAUCUGAUGAAAUACUAAAGUAAUUAUCGAAGAGACGAUCAAUUUAUAAUAAAGUUGGGGUUUGAUAAGUAAUAGAUUAAAUAUUUGUAAUAAUCUAUAAGAUAUUAUGUUAUGUCAAUGAAACGUUAACGUUUGGAAUUUGAAAUAAAAUCAAUUUAACUGAAUAAUGAAUAGCAAUUAUGAGAAAUAAUGACAGUGGUGUAAAUGCUUUAGCAAGAAAUGCUGGAGUGUGAAAUAGUAAAAGUUUUGAGAUAAGACGUAUAAGACAAUGGAACCGGCAAGUUUUAAAGAUCAAAAGUUGACAAAAGAUUCUUAUGGGUAUGGUGAUGUGCGGCACCACUAAAUACGAUUUAUUGAAAAUAACCUCCUGACAAAGGUAUAUAUGUAUAUACGUAUGUAUAUAUGUAUAUCUUUUGAUAAAAUCAGUGGUAAUCGAGUUAGAUCGUGGCAGCCAUUGUGGUCCUAGAGCUAGAGUACGGCCGGAAAGUCGUCUAAAACUUUGCCAACAUGAAUGUGUGUCGGCAGGAUUGGAUUAUCUACGCUUGUCUUAUUUGGUUUCUCAUUGAAACUGGAGCAACCGGUCGUGUCUUUGACGUACCUGACCCAAUUAUAAAGCAUGUUCUUGCAGAUGCUGGACAAAAUGUAACAUUAGAGUGCCCUGGUGUAACAGAACGUUCAGUCGUUUCGAGACUAGUAUGGCGUGCUAAUGAUUAUCAAAUUGUUGAAUAUGGUAGUCAAAGUAUUACUUAUUUUGUUCAUCACAACCGAAUAAUACUGUCGGAUAAAAACUUUACACUAUUCUUUCAACCGGUACAAUCAGAAGACAGUGGCGAGUACCAGUGCAUUGUUAAUAGCCGAAAUAUUCCUGAAGUUAUCGUCAAUCUCACCGUUCAAGAUGUACCAGAUCCACCGGGACGUCCUAUCGCCACUAACUUCACAUCACGCUCUGUAACAAUCUCAUGGGCUCCAAGCGAGAAUUCCCACAACAAUCCAAUUUCACACUACAUAAUCAAUGUCAGAGUUGGAGAAAACGGUCCCUGGGAUCAUCAGGAAAUAGUUACGUCAAAUAAUGACACUAAAUACUAUAUGGACAAUCUUCUGCCAUUUACGUCUUACAGUUUUCGAGUCACAGCUGUUAAUGCCCGAGGACGUAGUUCUCCUAGUGUUUCAUCUCAUUAUAUUACUACAUUACGAGAAGCUCCAGCAGGUAAACCGACAAUCGUAACAGCUCAAAACAUUUCAGCGACGGCUAUUCUGAUUACGUGGAAACCACCUAGUCUAGAUACACUAAAUGGUGAAUUUCUCGGUUAUCGUAUAUCCUAUCGCCCUAGGCGGAAAGGAAGUGACAUCAAAGAGAUUUACAUACGCAAUCGAAAAAUAGAGAGACAUAUUAUUCAAAACCUAGAAACGUAUACACAGUAUACAGUUUGGUUGCAAGUAUUUAAUCCCGAAGGUACUGGUCCCAAUACGUCUGUCACAGUUAUGACCGACGAAGGAAUUCCAAGUACACCAUUGAGAUUAACAGCCUAUGGGAUUAAUUCAUCGUCCGUGGAGUUGUCAUGGUCAGAACCUAAACAUAAAAAUGGAAUAAUCCUUGGCUACAGAGUAUUUUACAUGCACUCAAAUUUUACGGAAGUUAAAACACUGAAAAAGAACAACGAAACUAUUGAUUUUCUUCUCAAUGAUUUGAAACCAAUGACUGAAUACAAAAUAUGGGUUAAGGCAUUCACAUGGAAGAAUGAGGGCGAACCGUCUGAUCAUAUUAUACAAAAGACUGAUGUUGCAGGACCAACUGCACCUGUAAUACUUAAUCUAACUUGCCAAGCUCACGACGCUAUUUACGUCUACUGGGCACGUCCUGAGACCUUUUGGAAUUCCAUUGACUAUUAUUACAUAAUGUAUCGUAAUGAUCAGUAUAAAAAAUAUGACGAAAUUGAAAUUCCUACUACCAAAGAGCAUCUCAAUAGUGGGAUAAUAAUACCAAAUCUUACUAUGAAUACAAUUUACGAAAUAAUGGUCUGUGCUGGUACAAAUAGCACAAUAAAUCCACAUCACGUAGUCCGAGGUAAUUGUAGUCAACCAAAAACGCAACGAGUGGCACGUAAUUGUGAUAAAACACCACCACUAAUGCGUCGGAGCUCUGAAGAAUUGAGUACUGGUGUAAUUGCCGGUAUGAUUUGUGUUUGUAUCGCGGUAAUGUUGGCCAUUACAGCUUUGAUAUUGUGGAGGCGUGUUUUUAGAAAAUGUUUCCAGACAACCUAUUGCUUUUUGGAUUAUCCACCGCGGAAUGUACAAACACACCAGGAAUGGGAGAAUAGCAAACAAGAUGGUGAAAGGACGGCUGUUCCUGUAUCACAAUAUGUCCAACAUGUAGCAGCAUUACAUGCCGAUGGUGACAUUGGUUUUAGUAAAGAAUUUGAAUUAUUUCCAAAAGAAACAGAACUUUAUAUAGCCGACAAUUCUAAAUCCGCUGAAAAUCAGUCGAAAAAUCGUUACGGAAAUAUUAUUGCAUACGAUCAUUCGCGAGUGAGAUUAUUGCCAUGCAAUGGAAGCCCAUCAAAUAAAGGACAAGAUUAUAUAAAUGCAAAUUAUAUUGAUGGAUGGCAACGUGCACGUGCAUAUAUCGGCACACAAGGACCAUUGCCCGGAACGAUUGACAGCUUUUGGCGAAUGGUAUGGGAGCAACGUGUAUCGAUAAUCGUUAUGAUAACAAAUUUAGUUGAACGUGGCAGACCUAAAUGCGACAUGUACUGGCCUAAGGAGGGUACCGAGACCUACGGCAAUGUCCAGGUAACAUUAAUUAAGGAAGACGUUAUGGCAACAUAUACAAUCCGUACACUGCACAUCAGACAUAUGAAGAUCAAGAAAAAGAAGAACGGUAGUAAUGUCGGCGAACGUACAGUGUACCAGUAUCAUUAUACCGGUUGGCCAGACCAUGGUGUGCCUGAUCAUCCGCUGCCUGUGUUAAGUUUCAUUAGAAAAUCGUCAAGUGCUAAUCCACCAUCAGCUGGACCGAUUAUUGUUCACUGCAGUGCUGGUGUUGGACGUACUGGUGCUUACAUUGUAAUCGAUGCAAUGCUUAAACAAGCUAAAUGUAAAGGCGAAAUAAAUGUAUAUGGUUUUUUGAAACAUAUACGUACCCAACGUUAUUCAUUAGUACAAACAGAGGAGCAGUAUAUAUUUAUUCACGACGCACUACAAGAAGCCAUUGACAGCGGUGAGACAAAUACACCAAUUGACAACUUAUUGCAGCAUGUACAGGACAUGCUGUCGCCGCAAAAUAACAAAACUGAUCCGUGGAAUAACAUUGAGAUGCAGUAUAAAUUAGUAACCUCGUGGAAACCUAAAGAUUUUAAUUUAGUGUCAUCAAGUAAAUCAUUUAAUCAGCACAAAAAUCGAAAUCAAGAAAUAGUACCUAUUGAAAAUUCACGUGUACAUUUAACACCUAAAGCUGGUAUUGAUGGAAGUGAUUAUAUAAAUGCAACGUGGUUCGCUGGUUUUCAUAAAAACCGUGAAUUUAUUUUGACGCAGCAUCCGUUGAAGACAACAAUAAAAGAAUUUUGGCAAAUGCUCUGGGAUCACAAUGCGAAAACUAUUGUUAUGUUGACGCAAUGCGACGACAAUGAGUAUCCAGAAUUUUGGCCGAACGAGGGCGAAGAAUUGAAAACAGACAACUUUCGCGUACAAUUAUGCGCUAUUAAAAAAACUGUCAGUGGUGUUGUCUUGAGAGAAGUUGUUAUACGUUCGCUCCAGGAUGAUUAUGAAUUAAGUGCACGUAUUGUACAAGGACCUGUUAAUCAUAAUGGCCUGUGGCCGCACAAUGACAAUCCCAAGGCAUUUGUUUCUAUGAUUCAAGAUUUUCAUAAAGAAUAUCAGAAUGGACCCAUUGUUGUUAUGGAUAGGUAUGGCGGUAUUGAAGCAGCGUUAUUUAUUUUGUUAACGACACUGAUGAAACAAAUAGAGUUUGAAAAAAGUGCCGACAUUUAUAUGUUUUCAAAAUUGUUGUAUAUGAAGAGACCUGGAAUAUUCAGAUCAAAGGAGGAUUAUGUACUGGUAUAUAAAUGUUUAGAGUCAGUAUUGACAUCAAAAACACGUGUCGAGCCGGACUUAUACACGAUGACGAACGGUCAUGUGAACUGUAUAAAUCCAAACGAUGGAAAUAACUUUAAAACAACAACAAUAGUCCCAACAGUCGGCGAACAACAUAUUGUAGGACAACUACCAGUAAAAAAUGUUGUUGGUAUUCAUGAGUACGCAUCGGUUGAAAUGCCCGUGGAAUAUGCAACAGAUUAUGUUAAUAAUCAAAAUCAUCUGAGCCAUAUCAACAACGAGCGUGGAUGUCCGACAAUUGAUGGCUGCGCAGAUUACGGCGAUCAUCAUAUAUUAACAGACAAUGCCGGAUUACCGGUCCGUAAUCAAAAUUAUGUCAAUCAUCCGGGUGUAGUUGGAGGUGUUGCUGCUGGUGUACCUAUAGAUCCAAAUGGUUAUAUUACAAAUGGUAAUAUGCGAAUUCCACCUGAAGGUAUGGAAUCAACAUGUGCUAUUAUUCCUCAAUGAUGGAGGCAUUCCGCGUCUCACGCUCAAAAUAUAACACUAUCUGAUGGUACUUUGUUGGAGCAUCCAGUCAAUUUAUAUAAUAAUUCGAUAAAUAUAAAUACAAACACGAAUAACCCAACAGCAAUUAAUAAUGAUUACACUAAUCAGUUUGGGUAUAGUUGGCACGGUUACUAUACAACAAUGAGAGUAACUCAUAAAAAAAAUAAUGUUGCUAUGACUGGUCAAUCGCGUUUCGAUUUUGGCGAAUGUAUCUAGACACAUACACUGUAAAAAAAGCGGUGUUAAAAAUGGACUCGUUUUAACUCCGCCCGGUGUAAAAAUGAAAUUACACCGGUGUUAAAAAUACCGGUGUUAAAGCGGAGUAAUACCGGUGUAAAAGCGAGGUAACCGGUGUAAAAGCGGAGUAAUGCUGGUGUAAAAGCGGGGUAAAUAACGUCCGCUUGGAGAAAAAUAUUCACAAAAUAAAAUAUUUUAACACCGGUAAAGAAUAUCUACACCGGUGGCGGCGUUAUUUUAACACCGGUACAGAAUAUUUACACCGGUGACGACGUUAUUUUUACACCGCUUUUGGGGGUAAAUUUAACACCGAUAAUUUCAACAUCUACACCGUUUGGACUUACCCCCGUGAUUUUUUACAGUGUAGACGUAUUUAGUAUUUAGUAAUACACUAAAUAUAUCGGUCUAAUUCGCCUAAAAAUAAUUUAGAUAAUUAACAUCCAACAGUACGUAUUGAAGCCAUCCACUAGUCUCUUGAAAAAAUUAUUAAAUCGAGUUUGUGUCUUUUAAAGAGAAAUUAUAAAUGCUUUAUUCUGUAAAUAAAUUACGGACCAUCUGUUAAAAAAAAAAAAAGAAAAAGAAGAAAAACCAGUUGCCAAAGAUAUUAGGUAAAUGAUUAUUAACAAAAUUAUACGUCAUAUGAUAUUAUAUUAUUAUUAUUGUAAAAUUAGAGAGCUGUAAAUAAGCGUGUAUGAUAAUAUUUUUAAUUUUUAUUUUAAUUACUAUUAGUUUUAUUUUUUUAUAAAUUAUCAAACUCCUGUGCCAGUGCCCUCUCUUGUUCAGCCAUUCGAUUUAUUUAUACUUUUUAUUAAUUUAAUACUUUAUUUCUUUCUCUUAUUUACUAAUGCCAUAACAGUAUAAUUUUCAGAUUAUAAAACAUUGAUUGACAUCGAAAUCACUCGGUAAUUAUCGUAUGUUCGGCUGCUAAUCAGCAAGCGAGUUAGCUAACGAAAUGAAAUAUUAAUUUUCGAAUUUUUAACAAACAAAUAUUUUAAACAGCAAAAAUCGUAUUAACAGGGUUUACAAAUUAAAAUAUUUAAUACUAAUAAUAAUAGUAUUUAAAUUUAAUUAAUGACUGUUGCUUCCAAACCGUAAACAUUUCAUGAAAAAAAAGACAUUCAACUAAAUAUUUUAAAUCAAUAAUUUAUAUUAAUUUUUUUUAUUUUAUUAAUAUAUACAAUAGGGUGGCCCAAAAAAACCGACUAUUUUUUUUUUUCGAGUCUCUAAUGAAAAUUUGUUAGUUCAAGUUGUUUUAAGAAGCCUCUACAAAAAUCAGCUAAAUAAAAAUUUUUCAAGAGGUCGCUCACGAAUUUUGAAAAUAUAAAAAAUGAUUGGAAUUCGGAUUUUUUGUUUCUAAAUUUUUUCUUCCUCGUGGCAGCAAUAUUUUAUAUCUGUAAAAUUAUGACUAUGCUGAAAAUUUCAGCCCAAUAUUUAAAUAUUUAAACGGCGCUCAAGAAUUUUGAAUAUUAACUGAUAAUAUGUAACUCAUACUUUGAAUUAGUUUUUGUAUUUUUUUAUAACUCAAUUACUGUCAUUUCACUUAAAUAUAACUUUUGCAUAACCGAAAACAUACAGGACAGUCUUAAACAAUAAAAUUGGGUAUGUUUUAAAUAAGCAAAAAAACCUAAAAAUUGAAUUAAAAAAUAAAAAAGUAUGUAAAUAACUUAUUAUUUAUAUUUCUCGGGUUGUAUUUUUAUUCAUUAUGAUACAAAUUGAUGGUAAAAAAAUUGAGAAGGUUUAUUAUUAAUAUUCAAGGGUCGCUCGAAAACAUCCAAGAGACAGUACUCGGAAACAUUCAAAAUUCUUGAGCGACAUUUAAAUAUUUUAAUUUUGAGCUGAAAUUUUCAGGGUAGUCAUGAUUUCAUAAAUAUAAACUAUAGCUGCCACGAGAAAGAAGAAAUUUAGAACAAAAAAAUCCUAAUUUCGAUUAUUUUUGAUAUUUUCAAAAUUCGUGAGCGACCUCUUGAAAAUUUUUUAUCGAGCUGAUUUUUGGAAAGGCGUCUUAAAACAUCUUAAACCAACAAAUUUUCAUUAGAGACUUGAAAAAAAAAAUUAGUCGGUUUUUUUGGGCCACCCUAAUAUACAAUAAUAUUUAAUUUAUAAAAUUAAUCAUUAGUUUGUUAGAUAUUCCAAUCACAUGCCGAUAAAGGGCAUCUUCAAAAGACUGAAAAAAUAAAUAAUCGUUUUAUACGCAUUAUUAUAAUCAGAGUUUUAAAUGAUAAUUAGAAAUUCAAUUACUUAUGCAGAGGGACUGGGUAAUGCAAUUUUUUAUUCGUGAUAUUCAAAGAAAUGAUAAAAAAUAUAUUUAAAAAAUCAUCAACGAGUAAUUAAUAUUAUCUGUCCAUUGUACGUAUUCGAAUUUCCACGACGUAAAAAUAUAAAAGAACAUAAACUUUGAUUUGAAAUUAUAAAUACAGUAGCAAGUAUAGAUAAAUAUAACGAUUUAAAUAUUAAAAUAAAUGUUUUGUCGAAAUGUUUGAUAAUAUUUAAGAUAAAAAUAAAAUUAUAAAUAUGAUUGUUGUGUAUGAAUUACAAUCGUAACGAUUGGUUUGUUGAAUGUCCUAAUCCUGAUAACCGUUGAUUGUUAGAAAGUAUAUAAAUUAAAUAUAUAUAUAAAUAUAAAUAUAUAAAAUAGUAUUUAUGAUAAACUAUAAUUGAAUAGUAUAAUGAAUAUGUUCUGUCAUGCGAUGCUUGUAUUAUAAAUGCCACAUAACUAAAAAUCAAUCGGAGUUUACUCGUAAUCAAUAUUUAAAUUAAAUUAAAAAUUUUAAUAAUAACAAGUAGUUGAAUUUAUGUAUACGUUAUUAUAAUCCGUGUAAAUGUAGAUUGAAUGUCCAUUUAAUUACGUAUUUAUGUACGCGCAUAUUUAUCGUUUGAUAUAUUCUGCUGGCGAAGUAUUGUUGAAAGAAAAAUUUAUUCCACUUUGGCAGUAAAUAAUCUGCCAAUUUUUUAAAUUAUUUCAUUUUAUAAUACACUGUAAAAAGAGCGGUGUUAAAAAUGGACUCGUUUUAACUCCGCCCGGUGUAAAAAUGAAAUUACACCGGUGUAGGAGGAGUAAUUCACCGGUGUUAAAAAUACCGGUGUUAAAUCAGGGUAACCGGUGUAAAAGCGGAGUAAAAUCGGUGUAAAAGCGGGGUAACCGGUGUAAAAGCGGAGUAAUAGCGGUGUAAAAGCGGGGUAACUGGUGUAAAAGCGGUGUAACCGGUGUAAAUACGGAGUAACACCGGUGUAAAAGCGGGGUAACCGGUGUAAAAACGGAGUAAUACCGGUGUAAAAGCGAGGUAAAUUGCGUACGCUUGGAGUAUUAAUUUUAAAGAUUGUAAAACACAAAAAAUGUCAGUUCUUUAUGAAAAUUAAUAAAAAAUAUCAUUUAUUAAUAAGUAUAGUGAUCGAGUAAGUAAAAAUAUUCACAAAGUAAAAUAUUUUAACACCGGUACAGAAUAUUUACACCGGUGGCGGCGUUAUUUUCACACCGGUACAGAAUAUUUACACCGGUGCCCGGGUCAAAAAUAAAACUUGAUUCAGGCUCGCUUCGCCUUAUUUUCUUUUGAAGUUAUCGAUUUGCCGACGAUUUUUUGAUAAGAUCUCGACUUUUUCGACUUAAAUUUAAUUUUUUUAAACUUUUUGAACUUUUUUCAUCUUAGUUUCAACUUAUUCGUCUUUACUUUGAGCACGAUAGUCAUUCACAUUACUUUCGACUUGCUAAACCAAGUCGAAAAAAAGUCAUUUAUUCGCCUUACUUUCGCCUUAAUAUAUCAAAAUUAUUUUACCUUAGUUCUGACUUUUUCGACUUAUAAUUUAAGUCGAAUAAGUCUAAACCAAGUCAAUUUCGACUUGAUUUCAACUUUUUCGUCUUAAAUCGUGACUAAGUAAGCCAGUUAAGUCUAAACCAAGGCGAAAACUUAAUAUAUUUCAUACCUCCGUAAAAAAAGUCGAGUUUGUCUUGUAAAAAACGGCUCCAAAUUUCGACUUAGUAAACCAAGUCUAAAUCAAGUUUUAUUUUUGACCCGGGUGGCGGCGUUAUUUUCACACCGCUUUUGGGGGUAAAUUUAACACCGAUAAUUUUAACACCUACACCGCUUGGACUUACCCCGGUGAUUUUUUACAGUGUAAUAAUUAUCAUUUCUCAACGAAAUUUGAUGACUUGAAGUUGAGAUUAAAUUUUUUUCUUAAUAAAAUUAGAGUUUCAAAAUUUCUUUCUUUUAGAAUAAAUAAAAAUAAUCAAAACUUUUUGGAAAAAUUGAAAAUUAAUUAACACUGACUUAUUGAGCGACAAGUUUUUAUGGUAAAAAAAGAAAUAAAUGUUUUAAUUAUUACUGAUAAAUAAUUAUGAUACUCGAUAGAAAAAUAUAUUAAAUUGGAUAUUUAUAUAAAAAUAAAGCACACAUGCUAACAUUUCCAUAAUCCAGUUGACACAUUCCGUAACGUGUGUUUUUAAUUAUAACAUUACCAUGUGUAUGCAUAAAUAUAUAUUGAUAUUAAUGUAUAUACUAAGGAAUUUAUAAAACGACGUACAUAGAUGUGAAUAGAUAUAAUUAAUAUAUAUAUAAAUAAAUAUAUAAAUAUAUAUUAGACUCUAGUCAGCAUACUGUCUGUGGAAUGGCACACGCUUGCACCAUAUAUGAAAAAAAAUUAAAUAAAUAUUAAUAAUGAUAAUGAUAAAAAUGAAAACACUGAUAUUGUAACAAUCGAUAAUAUAAAAUAUAAAUGAGACUGAAGUCGAUUUAUCUUUCCGUUGUAAUGCCAAUUAAAAAGUAGUGAAACGCAACAAAAAUUGUAAUGAUUCAAGAGAAGAAAAUCUUUAGCAUGUGCCGUUUUAAUAAUGAUAAUUAUUGAGUUUUAAUUUCAUCUAUUGAUUGAGAUGAUAAAAUUUAUGAGAUUACGUGUCGCGAAAUCCUCAUCGAUUGGUUAUUUUGAAGCGAUACUUGCUAUUAAUAAAUCUAAAUAUGAAUAUAUUUAUAGAUGUUACACUGCACAAUUUAUCUGUUCGAUAAUUAUUUUAUCAAUCUAAUAAUUAGUAAUUAUCAUGAUGCGAUGCCAUGAUUACUAAAUGAUAAAUAUAUAACUAUUUUAAUUAAAUAGUAUCGAUAUAUUUAUUGCACUGCCUCCACCUGUAAUUUAAAUGUCAAAUAUUAAUUCAGUGAAAGAAAAAUUUUAGGUCGCUCGAAAUUUUAAAUUCAAAUUAGAAAUUCAAAAAUUAAAAUUUCUUUAUAAAAAUAUUUAAUUUAAAUUUUUUCUGCUGUUAUAUUUUUUUAUCAUACUGUAUUGACCAACUAAUAAUAUAAGCUAACAUAUAUAUUGCACAAAAAAAAUACACACAAACAUAAAUUGUAAAGGACAAAAAAUGCAUUUAGAUAUUUUGUUGUGCCAUUGACUUUUGAAUAUCUGCCUAAUUUGAUCCGAAAUUAUUGUAAUUCAGCAACGUGGAAAUAUAAUACUUGUGACUAUAAUUUACCGUAUUUAUAAAAUCGAAAAUCGAUGUAAUGAAUUUUUAUGAUUCCGCAGUAGUUUGUAAUAAUAAAAAUAAUAAGUAUAAUUAUUGAGACGCAGAAAUUUAAUAACACCGGCACACAAAAAAAAAUAAGUUCUCUGUACUUUUGACGGGACCGAUUAAUUCCCAUGUAUUUUGACCCGCUGAAUCCGAAUCCGAGGUCCGUUUAACCCGUACACCCUCAGAUUUUUAAAAAACUUUAAAAAACCUCAAAAAUACACAAAAAUCGACCGUUUUUUAAAUUUAUAAAUUUAUUUAACCCUAACUAAGCAUGAUUUUUAUGUAUUUCGGUCCUCCACAUACUAACCUGAAGUUUAUUUAAAACAUUAGCCAUUUAAAGUCUGAGUAAAUUCCAAAAAACCCCAAAAAAUUGCAAAAAAGCAAAAAAAUUCUUAGUAUUGUGAUGAAAAAAAUUUUAUAGGGCUAAAUAAAUAAUUAUUUUCAUGUAUGUUUAUCGGUCACAUAUAAUUCUCGAACAUCCAUGGCUCAGACAUCUCUAAAAUUUUAAAUAACUGGCAAAAAUUCCCAAAAAAUCGAAAAAAAUAAAAUUUGGUAUAACAAAAAUCAUUUUUUAAAUCGAAAUAAAUAAAAGAAAUCAUGUUGAUCGAUCUGUGAUAUAUAUAUGAAAAAUAUUUUGGCCUUAAACAUAAAAAAAUUUUAAUAUGCUUCAAAAAAUUUUUUUCAUCACAACACUAAGAAUUUUUUUGCUUUUUUGCAAUUUUUUGGGGUUUUUUGGAAUUUACUCAAACUUUAAAUGGCUAAUGUUUUAAAUAAACUUCAGGUUAGUAUGUGGAGGACCGAAAUACAUAAAAAUCAUGCUUAGUUAGGGUUAAAAAAAUUUAUAAAUUAAAAAAACGGUCGAUUUUUGUGUAUUUUUGAGGUUUUUUUAAGUUUUCUAAAAAUCUGAGGGUGUACGGGUUAAACGGACCUCGGAUUCGGAUUCAGCGGGUCAAAAUACAUAGGAAUAAAUCGGUCCCGUCAAAAGUACAGAGAACUUAUUUUUUUUUGUGUGCCGGUGUAAUUAACGUUAGUUAACUAUAAUGCGCAAUGAAUAUACGAUGAAUUUUUGUAUAAGUCAAGUAUAAAGAUGUUUAUUUUAACAUCAUCAGGCCAAAUAAUUAAUUGUGUAAGUUCAAAUAACUGUCACUUGAUUUAACGUUGGUUUAAACAUUCUUAUUUAAUACGUUCGUCAUUCCAAGCAGUAAUUGUAAAUAGCCAUUGUAAAUAUCAUUAUUUAUAAAUUGUAUAAGUAUAUCUAUAAAAACUCAGAUAUUAAUAAAUUAAUAUUUAAAUUUAAAUAUAAUGAUUUGUAACGAAAUAUUUCACGUGCAGUUAAAUAAAAAUAGAAUGAUAUAAAUAUUAUUACUGUGUGAGA